AUGCCUCACAAGGAAGAGUACACCGAAUUCACCCCCGACCAAUAUCCUGCCUUCCCAGACUCACCGAACUUCCCAACUAUCGACCUCCAGACAAUCUCACUCUCCAAACUCCAACAAAACGACGCCAACGAACAAGACCGGGUCCUUAAAGCCUGCAAAGACUGGGGCUUCUUCUAUCUCGACCUCUCCAACUCUCAGGACGGCUCCACCAUAUCCUCCGGCGCCGAUGAUCUCUGCCGCGUCGCAGAAAAAGUCUUCCAGCUCCCCCUCGAGGAGAAGAUGAAAUACGGCCCCCAAGGCAAAUCUCUUUCCGGCUAUAAACACGUCGGCCGGACCGUCACAGACAAGAACAAAACGCCCGACACAGCCGAAUUCUUCAACGUGGCGAAAAACGACUCCAUCGUCCCAGACGCCCAAAUGGCAAGGGACUAUCCCCAAGUCGUCCUCGACAACAAACCUCUAUUCAACAGAUAUAGCCGAGCAGCCCAUUCCAUCGGCCUCCACAUUCUCGACCUCCUCGCCCAGAAACUCGGAAUCGAUCCCGAAGAAAUCCACUCAAGACAUAAACUAGAAGACCUCGCGGGCGAUCACAUCCGCAUGACCCGCGGCCCAGCACGCGAAACGACCGAAAUGCCCGAAAUCCAAACCCCCUCACAUACAGAUUUCGGCACCAUCACCAUCCUCAUGAACUGGCUCGGGGGAUUGCAAGUCUACGGCUCCCCAAACCAUCUCUUGGGGAAUCUAUCCUAUGACGAUGGAGAUGCAAACGAAGGGGCUGACUGGCUCUGGGUCAAGCCGAAGCCCGGCUGCGCGAUUGUGAAUCUCGGCGACGCGGCUGUGAAAUUCACGAAUGGAGUGCUGUGCUCCGGGAGGCAUAGAGUUGUCCCGGCACCUGGCGAACAGGGCAAAUGGCCUCGGUAUUCGAUUGUUUAUUUCGUGAGGCCGGUGAAUGAGAGCAAACUGAAGACUCUCAAGGGACAUUCGAUUCCGGCGGCCGGGGACGAGGACGAGGAAGGCGUAGGUGCCCAGGAAUGGAUUUUCCAGCAGAGUGAGAAGUUGAGGACGGGAAAUUAUAAGUGA